CACAGCCCAAACUUUCGGACUCCUCCCUCCAGCUUCCCCCCUCAAGCUCCAGUCUCCUGAAGCCCCUCCAGCGUUCUGCUGGAUCCAUGGAGCUGCUGCUGCCUCGUACACAGUAAGAUGUUUCCAACACGAACACCCGCUCUCCCGGUCAGUGGAUCCAGAUUGUCGGUGGCUCCUCCAGGGGACGGGGUCCAGCCUCAUCCUCAUGUUGUGGUUUGUUGUUCGGACUGCUGCCUGGCUAAGUGCUAACGUUAGCUUAGCCGAAGUUAUCUGGGGAGACGUGCAGCCCGACGAGCAAGUGUGUGAACAUGGGAAACUUCUCGCAGUAGAAGCUUUAGAAAAGUCGACACUUGUGUGUUUCUUUCUCUCAUUGUGGUCCAAAGAUGAAAAAUACAUAGAAGAAAACAGAAGAGCUCCAACAGUGCAGCAGAGAUGUCUCCUAAAGUGCCUGGUGGCCAAGGCAGAGGGGACUAUUCUGCAGUGCAAGUAGCUGUUCGAGUGCGCCCCCUGCUGCCUAAAGAACUUCUACACUGCCAUGAGAGCUGUAUCACUGUGGACACUGAACUUUGUCGGGUCACCCUGGGCCAUGACAGACACUUCCUUAGUGACUUCCUGUUUGAAGAAUCCUGCUGUCAGGAGGAGGUUUAUUCUGUGUCUGUCCAGCCACUCAUCGAUGCCUUCUUCCAAGGGUUCAAUGCUACAGUGUUUGCCUAUGGACAGACAGGCUCAGGCAAGACUUACACCAUCGGAGAAGCUAAUAUUUGUUCCUUUAGAGAUGAGGUGCAGGGUAUCAUUCCAAGGGCUGUUGCAGAUGUCUUUAAGCUGUUAGAUGAAAAUGACCUCACAGACUUCUCUGUCCGAGUCUCUUACCUGGAGGUCUACAAAGAGGAGUUUAAGGACUUACUGGAGGUAGAGACGGCCAGCAAGGACAUCCACAUCCGAGAGGAUAAAGGCAACAUUGUUUUGUGUGGCGUAAAAGAAUGUGAAGUGGAGGGCCUUGAUGAGGUUUUGAGUUUACUAGAGUCAGGAAACACUGCCCGGCACACUGGCGCAACCCAGAUGAAUCCAAACUCCAGCCGGUCGCACACUAUUUUUACAGUGUACAUGGAGCAACGUCGGGGGAUUACACGCCUUUAUGGUACCACUGCAACUUCUGGACCACAAAUGUUGUCUUCCAAAUUCCACUUUGUUGACCUGGCAGGGUCAGAGCGCAUUUUAAGGACAGGGAACACUGGAGAGAGACUGAAGGAGAGCAUCCAGAUUAACAGUGGACUGCUGGCCCUGGGAAAUGUUAUUGGGGCGCUGGGGGACCCCAAGAGGAAAGGCUCUCACAUACCAUACAGAGAUUCUAAAAUCACAAGGAUCCUAAAAGAUUCUUUAGGAGGAAAUUCAAAAACACUGAUGAUUGCCUGCAUCAGCCCAUCCUCCUCAGACUUUGAUGAGAGUCUGAAUACACUAAACUAUGCCACGAGGGCAAGAAACAUUCAGAACAAGGCCACUGUCAACUGCAAACGUGAGCCAGAUCGUGUAGAAGGGCUGGAGCAACAAAUCAAGGCCCUGCGCAGAGCCCUCGAAAACCGCCACCGCUCAGAGACCCGCAUCAUCGCUCACGCUGAUCCAAACAGGAGGCCUCGACUCGGAGAGGGAGAGAUCAGCAGAAUGCAGGCCCAAAGUGCUCACUAUAGGACCUGCACGGACACUGCUUACAGGUUACUGCGGGAGCUGCAAAGCGAAGGGGCUCUGACUGCAGAACAGAGUUUGAAGGUGAAGGAGUGGCUGUGCUCAGUGGAGGAGGAACAGAGCCGACUGACCACUGCUUCAGGACCAGACAGUGGUAUCGAGAACAGCUCCACUGAGGAAAGUGUUGCACUGAGGAGGGGAAGGCCCACUGUCAGGAACCAGCAGGAUCCAGAGGCUCAAGAGGAGAGGUGGAUCCAUGAGCAUGAGAAAGGUGGAGAGAAUGAGGACAGUGUUCAGCUUCAGGCCCAGAUUCAGCGGUUGGAGACAGAGAACACAGACUUUUUAGCUGCUCUGGAGGAUGCUAUGGAACAAUACAAGCAGCAGAGUGAUAAACUGCAGGAGCAGCAGGACUUGAUCGCAGAGCUGCAGUGUCAGCUGUCCACUCCAGGGCUGGUGGGCCUAGGCCUUAACUUGAGAUCCCGGCCACACACUGCCCCCAUUGCCUCCAUGCAUCAAAGUCAGAAUGGAGUCACAUUCAGACAGAUGAGUCCAGUGGGCUAUGUUGGUAAUGGGCCUGGUGGUGAUCAGGAUGGUAACCUCUUUGAGGAGCUGGGGAUUCAAGGAGGAGCAGAAAUGUCAGACACAGAAGAAGAGAGCAAUGUUCUCAACCUCAGCCAGGAGAGACGCAAGCAUGUGAAUCCAACCUGGACCAAAAGGGACGUGUUGUUUGGAGGACUAACAGCUGGUGGUAAAGGUCCAUCCUCUCAGCUGCCUCAGCUCUACCAGCACAUGUAUUUAACCAGAAAAGCAUCCAACUCCAGUUCUGGGGACACAUCGGCCCGUGAGAGUUUGAAAAGUUUUGAAGGCGUUUCAGAGUGGGGGCUCCUUCAGGCACAGCAGAAGAUCCGCGAGCUGUCUGUCACCAUCCGCAUGAAGGAAGAACUCAUCAAGGAGCUGGUCAAAACAGGUAAGGAUGCUCAGGCCCUGAACAGGCAGUACAGCCAUAAGAUCACAGCUCUGGAGAGUGAAGCUGUGCAGGCUCGACAGGAGAUGCAGGAGGCGCAGCGGCAGCUGCAGGAUCUAGAGAGACAAGAGCGAGAGAUCAGCGUGACGGACAACACAAGAGCACAGGAAUGUCGCAGGAAGAUAGCUGCCGCUCAGAGCAAAGUUCAGGUUCUAAGUCAACGUCAACGGGAUACUGCUCGUCUAGCUAACCUGCCUGCACAGAACGAACGUCGCGUGUUGGAGCUGGAGCGCAGUGUCCAGUCUAUGAGGCAGCAGCAGGAGCAGCUACAGAAGCGGCUGCGUCAGGAAAGUCAGCAGAAACGACGUCUAGAGACCGAGAUGCAACGAAGAACUCACAGAGUCAAGGAACUCGAGAUAAAGAACGAGCAGCAACAGAAGAUCCUGAGGAUAAAAACAGAAGAGAUUGCCGCCUUUCAGAGGCAGAGACGUAGUGGAAGCAACGGCUCAGUCAUCUCAUUGGAAGAACAACAGAAGAUUGAAGAACAAAAACGCUGGCUUGAUGAGGAAAUGGAGCGGGUUCUGGAACAGAGAAGAGGACUAGAAGAUUUGGAAGGAGAGCUGACGAAACGAGAGACGAUCCUGGCGAAGAAGGAAGCCCUGCUGCAGGAGCGCAGCGGACUGGAGACCAAGCGGCUCCGCUCCAGUCAGGCCCUGAGUAAGGACCUGGUGACGCUUACAGGGCGAAUUGAGUCCCUUGAGAGAGAGUUGAGUGAGAGGAACGGCCUCCUUCGCAGCAGCAGUGCUCAAGACUCCGAACAGAUCCGCCAAGAGAUCUCCAACCUCCGUCAAGAGAAAGAUUCGCUGCUUAAACAGCGAGUUGAGCUGGACGAUAAGCUGCGGCAGGGGAACCUGCUCUCCCCUGAGGAGGAGCGAACGCUUUUCCAGUUGGACGAGGCAAUAGAGGCUCUGGACGCAGCCAUCGAGUACAAGAAUGAGGCCAUCACUCAAAGACAGAGGCAGCUGAGGGCUUCUGCCAGUAUGCUCUCCCAGUGGGAGAUGAACCUCAUGGCCAAACUCAGCUAUCUGUCUGGCUCUGAGACCAGAGCCCUGCUGUGCAAGUACUUUGACAAGGUGGUGUCUCUGCGUGAGGAAGAGCGAAAGCUGCAGCUAGCACUGGCUGAGCUGGAAAUGCAACUGGACGAGCAGCAGAGACUGGUGCAGUGGCUGGAGAACGCCCUCGAUCGCACACAACUCGACACCGAUCGCCGACUCACACAACAGCAGAAGGAACACGAGAGGAGUGUGCAGCUCUUACUGCAGCAGUGUCGAGAGCAAAUGGACGAGGGUUUGGCAGGAAGGCAGCGACAGUACGAGGGAUGGAUCCAUAACCUCAGCAAGGAGCUUAACCACUUCAAGGCAGCUAAUGUGGAACUAAGCAACAAGCUGAGGGAGCUCUGUGGUUCAGCCAGCCAGCCUAAGGAGCAUGCUAAAGAUGGUAAAGCAGCAAGUGUCUGCAGCAUGGAGAAGCUGACUCACUGCCCUGAGGACAGCCCAGGAGUCAGAAACGUGGGGCAGCCUGACAAAACUCCCAGGUCUAGGGAAGAAAUGCGUGAGCUGGUAAACACCCCGCUCCCAUCCACAUGGAGGCGCUCUUCCCUCCCUAUAGAGGAACCUGCUGUCAUGGAGGAACUGUGGAUUCAAGCGGCUGGGGACGUCCCUGUUAACCGUGUAGUUCAAACUGGCAUGGGGCCCUGGGUCGGGCAGACAUCCCUGCCUGUGGUUAAAUCUCGCCGAGAGUCACGUCGCUCCAGUCUCAACAUCGGACCACUGAACACAAACAAUUCAUUAAUCGACGUACGGAAGAACCCUGUCUGAAUUUUAGUGAAAUGUUACUUUUACGACCAAUCACCUAGAUUUUGUUAUGUGGUUUCAGAAAUAUUGUUUUAUCCACUUUUAGUCUUUGUAUUACAAUUUUUGUUCUUGUAUAUAAAGUUUUAUAUUAAAACAGAAAUCCACUGAUUUUUACAUGAAGCACUUUCACUAAGGUCAAGUUUAAGUUUCCGUUUCAUACCGUCAUUUGUAUGUUUAAGGUCUUAGCAACCAUGAAAGUCAAUAAGACGUGAAUUGAUUACAUUAUUACGAUUUGAGGUUUUCUUUUUUUUCUAAUAAGUAAGCGUCUUUUGACUUUUAAAAUAUUUUAUAUUAAACUGUUUUUGCCU